CGAGCGAGCGAGCAAGAGAGAGAGAAAGAGAGAGAGAGGGAGAGGGAGAGAGGAGAGGGUGGGAGAGAGAGAGGGGGGAGAGCAGAGAGAGAGCGCGCGAGCGCGGCGAGCGAGCGAGCGAGAGAAGAGAAAGAGAGAGAGAGCGAGCGAGCGAGCAGAGAGCGAGAGGAGAGCGAGGUGUAGAGAAACCGAGGGGGAGAGAGAGAGAGCCCGAGUGUGCGUAUGCGUGUGCGUGUGUGAGCCAGAGCGAGCGAGGGAGAGGGAGAGUGCGAGCGAGAAAGAAUAAAAGGAAAGAAGAUUUUUUCUCUAUGUAUAUAAAGAUGGCCACGUUAGCAAACGGACAGGCUGACAACGCAAGCCUCAGUACCAACGGGCUCGGCGGCAGCCCGGGCAGCGCCGGGCACAUGAACGGAUUAAGCCACAGCCCGGGGAACCCGUCGACCAUUCCCAUGAAGGACCACGAUGCCAUCAAGCUGUUCAUUGGGCAGAUCCCCCGCAACCUGGAUGAGAAGGACCUCAAGCCCCUCUUCGAGGAGUUCGGCAAGAUCUACGAGCUCACGGUUCUGAAGGACAGGUUCACAGGCAUGCACAAAGGCUGCGCCUUCCUCACCUACUGCGAGCGUGAGUCAGCGCUGAAGGCCCAGAGCGCGCUGCACGAGCAGAAGACGCUGCCCGGGAUGAACCGGCCUAUCCAGGUGAAGCCAGCGGACAGCGAGAGCCGAGGAGGUAGUAGCUGCCUGCGCCAGCCCCCUUCACAAGAUAGAAAACUCUUCGUGGGCAUGCUCAACAAGCAGCAGUCUGAGGACGACGUGCGCCGCCUCUUCGAAGCCUUUGGAAACAUCGAGGAGUGCACCAUCCUGCGUGGGCCCGACGGCAACAGCAAGGGGUGCGCCUUUGUGAAGUACUCCUCCCACGCCGAGGCGCAAGCCGCUAUCAACGCUUUGCACGGCAGCCAGACCAUGCCGCUGUCGGGGCUGCAGGGAGCUUCAUCAAGUCUGGUGGUCAAGUUCGCCGACACUGACAAGGAGCGCACCAUGCGGCGAAUGCAGCAGAUGGCCGGCCAGAUGGGCAUGUUCAACCCCAUGGCCAUCCCCUUUGGGGCCUAUGGAGCCUACGCACAGGCACUGAUGCAGCAGCAAGCGGCACUCAUGGCGUCGGUCGCGCAGGGCGGCUACCUGAACCCCAUGGCUGCCUUCGCCGCCGCCCAGAUGCAGCAGAUGGCAGCCCUCAACAUGAACGGCCUGGCGGCGGCACCCAUGACCCCAACCUCAGGUGGCAGCACCCCUCCGGGCAUCACUGCACCAGCCGUGCCUAGCAUCCCGUCCCCCAUUGGGGUGAACGGCUUCACUGGCCUCCCCCCGCAGGCCAACGGGCAACCUGCCGCAGAAGCUGUGUUUGCCAAUGGCAUCCACCCCUACCCAGCGCAGAGCCCCACCGCGGCGGACCCCCUGCAGCAGGCCUACGCUGGAGUGCAGCAGUAUGCAGGUCCCGCCGCCUACCCUGCUGCCUAUGGUCAGAUAAGCCAGGCCUUCCCUCAGCCGCCUCCAAUGAUCCCCCAGCAACAGAGAGAAGGGCCCGAGGGCUGUAACCUGUUCAUCUACCAUCUGCCCCAGGAGUUUGGGGACGCUGAGCUGAUGCAGAUGUUCCUCCCUUUCGGUAAUGUCAUCUCCUCGAAAGUGUUUGUGGAUCGGGCGACUAACCAAAGUAGAUGCUUUGGCCACCAGAGUCACCUUGGUGAGGAGUCAGAAAGAGGAAGCCGGUCCUCAGGAAGGCUCAGCCCCAACUCAGCUGCGAAACAAGCUGCCCUGCAGAGCAGGCUUCGUGAGCUUCGACAACCCGGCCAGCGCGCAGACCGCCAUCCAGGCCAUGAACGGCUUCCAGAUCGGCAUGAAGAGGCUCAAGGUGCAGCUGAAGCGGCCCAAAGACGCCAAUCGCCCGUACUGAGCGCCGGGGGCGUCCCCCGGGGGAGACCAGGACUCACACAGGGCCAGUCAAAUCCACCACAGUCUCGCGCUGAGCUAGGAAUAAAGUUCACGUAAUCACAUGAGAGUGGAGAAAACAGUCCCCCCAUCCGGCAGGAUGCUGAAUGGGCUACAUUAAAAAAAAUCAAACCUCUCUCUCUCUCUAUUUAUAAAUGAGAACUGUUGGAUGACACCUUUGACAUAUCAGCCAAUAUCAAUCAAGCUGAAGACUCCAGACACUCUCUGUGACUGUAACAUUUCUUGAAGGAAAGUAUAGCGUCUGCGGAGUUCAGAGGGCACGUGUUUGGGGGGAAAAUACAUAUGACAUAAAGAAGAAGAAGAAGAAGAAGAAGAUGAUGAUGAUGAUGAUGAUGAUGAUGAUGAAGAAGAAAAAUGAGAAAAACAAAACAAAACAACACACAAAAGGCAACUUUUAAACAAAAUAACUUGCAACCAGAUGGGGAGGCUGACGGACUGGGAGCUGGGAAGAGACGCUGCUUACCGAUCCCCGGGGCUCUGCAGCCCAUGGGCGCCUGCGGCAGGCUGGGGCAAGCGGUGUGAUGGGGCCUGGUCCCCAGGGGGCGGCUGGGAGGCCGCCGGGAGCAUCUCUAUCUGUCAUUCCUUUAGCUAUUUAGGGACCAAAGGACCAAACUUUUUAUUGCAGAUGUGUAGCUCUAUGUCAAAUAGAGGGGGGACGGAGGAGAACCUCCUUCCUGCCUUAUGGCUGUUCCUGGAACAGCUUAGAGCGAUUCUAUGAAAAUAAAAUGUAAUUAAAAAAAUUAAAAAAAAACAAAAAAAUACAAAAACGAAAAAAGGGAAAAAAAAUAAUGCUUCAAUGCUUUUAAAACAGCAAGAUAAUAGUUCUUUGAUACUUUGAGAGGCGCUUUGAUUACCCUCACUCAAGUCUAUGACACUUUCCUAUGGUUUUCUGUAUUAUAUGUCUGGAUGGAGCUGUUGGAUGAACAAAUUGGUGGAUAUUUGGGGAAAGCAACAAAAAUAUUAAAACUCACUAACCGUGAAGUGGGAGGAAAACAGGAGGGGAACAAAAGGACUUAUGAGGCAAGAUAAUUGUUGUGAAAAGUCUGUAAAUGCUUCUCUUUCCCCCUCUUAAAAUCAUAAUAGUUGUACAGAAUUUUAAAAAGGAAAAGUUUAAAAUACCUAUAUCAUAGAAGAAAAAUUAGAGGAAAGCAAAAAAUAAAAAAAUAAAAAAUAAAAAGGAAAAAAAAAA